AUGUCCUCCACCAACACCGCAGCCCACCAGGCGGUCCUUGCCCUUUUGCGUCGUGGUUUUGGUGACAACGAUACCGUGCUACUCCUUGGCGGGAUGACUCCCGAUAACCAAAAUCGCCUUGUGGAAGGCAUCGGUAGCACGAUUGAUCUCUCGGUUGCCGAAGCUACGGCCGCCCAGAAGGCAUUGGAAGAACAAAAGACCAAGCCUCCACCAUGUCGUCCCAUGGUUGCACCCUCCAAGAUUCUCUGCGAAUCGCUCACGAUGAGAUCGCGCGCCUCACGCGCGCUUCGGAGUCGGAAACUCCAUCGACUUCUCGCCUUGAAGUCGAUCAAGCUGGAUGUUGCUAAAUUCGGCGGAGCGGAGUCGGACAAACUCCUCCGCUGGCUUGUACAAGUCAGCACUGCUGCUGACGCUCAGCGUAUCUCCGACGACGCCACCCGCGUAGCUUUCGCGAUGUCGCAUUUGAAGGGUCGUGCGGAAGAUUGGGCGUUCUCCAAACGCUUGACGGACCGCCACUGCUUCCCAUCUUUCGCGCAAGGAAAACGCUCCCUUCAAGAGUUUAUCCAUGAUCUUCGCAUCUUGGCUGCGAACAUUAACGAAGAAGAGUCACUCCCAGAGCCCCUACGGGUGACCGUUUUCAUGGACGGUCUCAACCAAGGCCCGGCGCGCACACAGCUGUUUCGCGCCUACCCGGACACCUUUGAAGAAGCCGUCCGAAUCGCGCUUUCGGAAUCAUUCUCCACCUUCGCGCACGCACGCGCGGCGUCCUCAGACAUGGAUGUCUCCAUGCUCGCCCAGACAUCGGACGACCGCACGUGUUUCAAUUGCGGUCACCCGGGACACUUCUCCCGCGCAUUCCCGGCCCCUCGCCGUGUGGCGUCAGCCGCCCCGCCCUCACACGGUUCCUCCCGCACCGCGCCCGAUACCCCUUCGCGUCGCCCUCCAAGCGGUCCACCUAACCACUUCAAUCGUGAAAGCCAUGGUCCUUUGGAGGUGUGUGGCGUGCUGACACAUUCUAAGGACCUAGCCUCGGACACAGACCUUCUUCUGUGUCGUGUUGGGCUCCAACCCAACAAAAUGAUUUGUUUGGAACUUGUCGUGCCUGGCUGGGAAGCCAGGCACUCGGUUUUAAUCGAUUGUGGGGCGUCGAACAACUACGCCAGCCGCUCCACUCUCUCUCGCUUCAACCGCUUAUCCUCGUCGGAUCCCUCCGACAGGGUUCGCGUCAAGAUGGCCGACGGCCACACUGCGUCUCAACCACGCAUAAUCGUCGACAGAUGGGAUCUCAUCAUCGGGAUGUCCUGGCUGGAGUCCCACAAGCCGUGGAUUGACUGGAUGGCCAAAUCCGUGCACAAGGUUACUUGGCUCAACGCGAGCCAAUCCUGGAUUCAUCGGCGGGCUGCCGAUCGCCUUCCCCCAUCCACCACCAACCCGCUGGGCCCUCCGCUCGAGGCGAUGAGUAAUGAUCUCGCCUCUCCUAGCCCCACAGUGCGCUCAUUGGCCCCAGCGCCCGCGACCCCAUCGGACCCAACCACGGUGUUGCACAAUACCCCUUUUGUGCCCCCAACAGAGCCGCCCUCUGUUGUUAUCGUCAAGGCUACGUUACCGCCCCCGAUAGUUGCCUCGACCUUGGCAACCACGUUUAUCGAAGAAACGUGUAACUUGCACGAACUCCCUCGGACGUUUUCCGAGAUCCUGGCACUGCCAGAGAUGAGCUUCCACUCGCUCGUGGAAUCUCUCCGCGCCCACGAUAUCGCCGCCUUGGCGAUGAUCACAGUUGAAGAAGAGACGGAUCUCUUUUCAACCUCGACCGCAGAUGACUCAGUCCUCGCGGCUCCUUUGAAGUCCCAGACGUGGGAUUUCCUGCGAUCCAACCCCUAUUUCUACCUCCUCCAAGAAUUUGAGGACGUCUUCCCCGACGAGGUACCGUGUCGCCUCCCGGUCGACAAGGGCGUUCAACACGAGAUUGACCUCGUGCCCGGCGGAAAGUAUUGUGUAACGCGGCAAUGGCCGCUUCCUCGCGACCAAGUCGAUGCCAUCACCAUUCUUCGCGGUCCGCAAGGCGGCGGGUCACGUCCGCGAGAGUAUUUUCCCUCACAGCAGCCCAACCUUCUGUGUGAAGAAGCCCGGUGGGAAAUGGCGUAUUGUACACGCCUUUAA